UUGGUCGAGCAGUCUCCGGCGGAGUAUGGUCUCGUCCGGAUCUCUCGUCGCACGACCGGAGGCUCGACUUACACAUACGAUGAAUCCGCAGGCGCUGGCUCCACCGUGUAUGUUAUUGAUACUGGAGUCAACACUGCCCACGAGGAUUUCGGCGGACGUGCGGUUGUUGGAGCAAGCUUUGUCCUGUUGGAGCCGAAGACUGAUCUCAACGGACAUGGCACUCACUGCUCCGGUACCGUCGCCGGCUCAACAUACGGCGUCGCGAAGAAGGCGAACAUCAUCGGGGUCAAGGUUCUGGGUGCUCUCGGGACUGGUCUUAAUUCCGGUGUGCUCGCCGGCAUCGAUUGGGCCAUCAACGACGCUCGGCAGAAAGGCCGAACUGCUCGUUCUGUCAUCUCCAUGUCUCUCGGAGGUGGCUUCUCCCAGACCACGAACGAUGCAGUUGCAGCAGCCGUGGAUGCCGGUGUCUUCACUGUGGUCGCAGCUGGCAACGAUGGUGCUGAUGCCAGUCAAACAUCACCGGCUUCGGAGCCAUUUGUCUUCACGGUUGGUGCGACGGAUCGCAACGACAAUCGUGCAAGCUUCAGCAAUUUUGGCCCGGUCGUGGAUAUCUUCGCUCCUGGUACUGCAACGAAUACCAUCUCGGGUACGUCAAUGGCUUGUCCGCAUGUCGCUGGUCUCGCUGCCUAUAUCAUCGGUCUUGAGGGAACGCGCACUCCCGCUGCUUUGGGGGAGCGUUUGAUCGAGCUUGCGACGAAGGAUGUCAUUGUGGCCGCUGGCGCGGGCAGUCCAAAUGCUCUCGCGUACAACGGU